AUGGGGUACGUCCAGGAGGCCAGAGAAAACCACGUCAAGAAGAAGGUGGAAGAAGGUAAAACUCCGAUAUCUGCGCACUCAUCCCCGCCCCAGGUCCCGCUCUCCCCCCUCCCCACCAUCGGAUCCUCAGGGGAGGCGAGGGCUUGCUCGCUUGAUAUCGUCUUUGUCCCUUGUUGGAUAGCUGAAAUUAUGAAUGCGUACUUGUUUAUUGUUCGUCAUUGUUCUCCGCAUUGCUCCCUGAACUGAGGUGGGAUUUAUUUCACUGGACCUCUGCUUGGUCCAGUGAUCGGCGAUUAUUAGGUAUCGAUGGCUCUUCGCUCGGCAAUGAUUAUGAGGCAGUUUGUAAUGAGUAUUCAUGGGUGCUAGCUACGAGGAUUAUUUGAACUCAUUUUGAUCAGAUGUGGUCAUUGAUGAUUUGCAUGAUUUGCAUGGAGGGAGAAGAAUUAUGCUGCCAAUGUGACUGUGAUAUGGUUUCAUUUUAGGUGUAUAGUUGACUUUUGUCUGCGGACGCAGUGAUUUUUUUAACGAAUGUAAUGGGAUGGAGGAUGACACGGUUUCAUCUUUUCGUAGGGAAUAUGUUGUUGAACGUAAGAAACUUAGAUAGAGUGAAGUUCGGAGGAAGGGAAAGGGGAUUAUCAGUCUUGUAUGCUUUUGGAUUAGAUGAUAAGGUCAAGAAGACCGGAUCCUUGGAUAUGACUGGGCCAUGAGGUUUACGAGGAAUCAAUGUUUUCUUGGCCUAUAGUGCUGGUGUAAAGCUAUAGCACGCUGAAUAUUAAACCUGAUGAGCACUAACUUUUGGAAGUAUGUAUCAGCGGCUACACUGAUCUUUGGAGGAUGAUUGAAAAUGCUGCAUAUCUGUCGUGACAGCUUCUCUUUGAUUUUUUGUUGAAAUGUGAGCUGUACAGUAGAUAAAUCCCCUCUUAUAUAUUUUGAAGUGGUUUACAUGAGGAACCAUGCUUGAUUUAUUGAACCUUUCUCUUCUUCCCAGGUGGAUUUACCGGCAAAACAUUUCCGUUUGGAACAUAUUGAAAAAGCAAGAAAAAGGCCUGGUCCAGUACCAUGUAGGAUUUAUUGACAAUGAGCAGAACAUUUUACACUUUUCAGUCAAUCUUGGAUAAAUAAUGAAUCUUAAAGCGUUAAAAAUAUUUUUUUGUCUUUCAUACCUAGUCGCAAGAGUUUAAAGCACUCCUUCAAUGCUGAUCAUAUGCCUACCAUUGUUAUAUAUUGAUUAUCUCAGUUUUUCAUUCACAGUAACAUGUUAAAACAUGCAACAAUGUCGUUUGUGUUGGGAUACCCUGGGAUCAUAAAAUCUCUAGCAGAUGGGAACAUCAGAUCAUCCAGAUCUAAUCUAAGCCAGAUCAGGAUUGGAACAGCACAUAGAAAGGAAGUGAGCCUUGAGACAGCCCUAUCUGGUCAGUCAUUUGGCCUAGCCGGACAGCUUGAAUCAGUCAGGAAGGAGACAAUCAGGCUGAUAUCAAUCAAUUUCUGGCUUCUUCAUUCAGGAUUAGCAAUUUAGUCCCUAAAUUGAUUUUUGGGCUUCACUAAAAGAUAUUUAGUAUAUAUCAUCCCACCCGAAAAAGAAAAAAAGCCGGAUAGUUCUAAUUUUUAGUACCAUCUCUGGGAUCUCAUGUUCACUAUAUAUUUGAUUCUGUUGAGACUAUGCAGUUUUAUACAACUAGCUCAAACUUCCUAUGUACAACUAGCUCAAACAUAAAAUGUUGAUUUUAUGAAUAUUAAUUUGAGCGAUGGCAUCUCUAUACGUUAGGUGUAGAACUCAAAGAAUGUAUUAUUUAUUACCACUGAAAAAAAAAAAAAGAGUUUCGUUCUCAUGCAUGAGGAUGGUGAUUUGUUGCUACCAGCUUUGCGGAGCAAAAUGAAGCAAAAAGCACUUAAAGAAUGCAGUCAAUAUGCCCAGAGGUAUGCUGAAUGUGCCACUGGAAGGACCAUAUCUGUUGUAUGGAAGUGCCAGAAACAAGCCAAAGAACUAAAUGAAUGCCUUCAUCAAUAGUAAGUUUCAUUAUUAAGAUAUAUUUUUCUUUUAACAUGUUGGAUUCUGAAAUUUGAUUUGAAAUUACCUCAUGUGCUUCAAUUAUUUUGCUUCAUUUGGCUGAAGCAGUAAAUAAAUAUCUUUCGCUUCAAAUCAUCAGAGUCCGUAGUCUUCAAAAAGAAAUAAAAUGACACGACAACUUUUCCUAUCAUUCCCUAUUAUCUUUAAUGCGGAUAAGAUGUUAUUUCCUUUCUUUUCAUUGAUACUGAUAAGAUCUACAUUCAUUGCGAAGACAAUCGUAAUCAGCAAGCUUAAAUCAGACUAGCUCAAAAUUAAAGCAGACCUACAUCCAGUGCGCGUUCUGUUGCUUCACUGUUCUAAAGGAUGCCCUGUAAUUCCUAUUUGUAAAAGGGUAUUUUGAUAAAUUCUAUAUUUUGGCUAAUUGAAGAUGUACAACGUCUAAAUCCACCUCACAAAUUACAUUUUUUCUGUUGUAAUCAUACAUUCAAUGAUCGUGAGGAGAGUGUGAAUGCACAUAAACAAUUAAUGGUUGUAGUUUGUAGUUUCCCAAGGCAACAUGGCUAUCCAAAGUGCCAUAAAAAAUAUAGUUAUCCAAAGUUGUGCUAUUGUAACUGGAGUCAAGUCGUAGAUAAGGAUAUUAGGCUAUUUAGCUAUUUUGCUGAAAGUAUUCUUAUCAACUAAUUUAUUAGUGUUUGGUGGCCAAGUUAGAAUUAAGAGUUCUAAUGAUCCAAUAGUUGUGUCCUUGUGGCAUGUACAAUCAUUGUCUGAUUUGAAAUUAUUUUCUAAUUCGAUGCUUAUCAAAACAGUACAUGGUCUUCAUUAGUAAGGCAAUGAAGAAGCAAGAACAAAAUGAAAUUCAUUCCAAACUCCGAUUGUCCUCUUGCAAAACUUUCCUUCAUCGUGUAGAUAUGCUUUCAUUUCUCUGAUGAUGAUGCUGAUCUGAACCUAUCUAUCUUCUUCUUUUUUUUCCCUUUUAGCCGUCCUUUCACUUUUAUCCUAUCUGCAUAUUAUUUCUCGCGUGGACAUACCAUAGAAGAAGUUUUCAAGAUAAUCAGACUCAUACGGAAGCUGAAAUUCCAACAGGAAUAGGACCCAGUGCCUGAUCUACCUUUUCCUUUGUCAAUUGAGUUCUGCUGCUGAAAACCUCUGCUCAAUAAUCUCAUCAGGGACUGGAUGUGGUCACCAUUCAGUUUGUUGCUGACAAUGGUUGUCUUCUGUAACCCAAUCUCCAGUAACAUACUGUCUUCCUACUCUUCCUGGAUGCUGCCUCACAUGUCCUUGCUGUCCCUCUCCCGUUUAUUUCCCAAGCUUAUAUUUGAAUUCCGUGCUGCAGAGCACAACAUCAAGCAACCUGCAUUUAAACCCAGGAACAAUUGAUUGGGCCAUUGUCAAUCUCUCCUAGCUUUCCAUUGCCAGGAAGCACCUGUAGUCACUCUUUGUCGAUUUGAAUUGUUCAUCUGAAGCCUUGAUUCACAGCUGUAUGUUUUGCUUCUAUCAGCCACCUACCUUGUUCUGUGUAAACAAUGUCCCCUCUUUUGCUCCUAGUACUACUGUACCUGAUUACCACCCCUUCUGGAUGUAUGUUUUUUUCUUGAGGAGAUAGUCAUACUGGUAUCCAGUCUGCAGAGCUGCCGCCUCCCUCUUAGGGGAAGUCUUCAAUUCUGCCUUCAUUCAACCCCAAAGGAACAGUCAGCCAUACUUCCCACCGUCUCUGGGUCCCGAUUCCUGUCUGCCCAUUCACCCUCUUUCAGGGCUCGGCUAGGUAGUGGUACAAGAAGUAAUUUUUCUCUUUUUAUACAUUUUAACUAAUACUGCUUCUGGUCACGUAUUGAAAAAAAUUUGGAAUCCUUGUCGAGUUGCCUUUUUCCUCUAAUAAUUUCGGUGGAUUAUUCAUCUGGUUUCAGUGUGCUCCAACUCCAAUAGUUGUGAACAAUCCGUGAUCCAAAGCUUCGCUUUGCUCUGAAACUGCAGAGCUGCACUUUAAGUGGAUGGGAUUUUCUUUCAGAAAACUGCAGCUAAAUCUGGAAUCUCAGUCUCUGACAGUGUCUUUUAUCAUAUCGUUUGCAGCACCAAUGAGUCUGUCUUGGAAGAAAUGAAGAAGAACUAUAUGCUGGAACAGGAAGGCCACGGCCGAAAUUAG